GAUCUCCGUGCCGGAGCUUCCCUGGAAGCCGCCAGCCGCGGAGCCGGCGGUGCCCGGGCAGGGCAGGGUUAAGCGAGCGGGGCAGGGCAGGAGCGGAUGUGCCCGGCCCCGAGCGGGAGCCGUGAGCUCCCGGCUCUUCCAGCUGCCGCGGGAUCGAGUUGUGAAAGGCGGUCGUCAGAGAGAAACCGGCCCUGGUUAGUGCUUUGGUUGUGCUCAGUCUAAGGUGAUACAGCAGUCCCAGAUAACAAAUCUGCGAGUGAGUGAAGCUCUGCAAGAGGAGUGAGUCAAGCUCUACAGUUGAAGUGUUACAUUUAGCACACUGGACAAGACAUCUGAUAACUGAAUAAUUAUGUUCAGGAGCAAAGCAUCGAGUCUGUCAAAACUGAUUCCCUCGAUGUUUGGCCAGUCACAUUUGGCUUACAAGUUUAUUCAUCCAGUUAUUGCUUCUCAUGGACAUCGCUGUCACAGAAGUGUGAUUUACAAACAGAGGUACAGGACUCUCCAACUUAGAAGGCGAACAAUAAGCACUAGGACCAAGGUCAUGUCAGAAGGAGAGUUGCCUGCUGUUUUGAUCCUGGAUAUAGGAGGAACUCAUGGCGUGCUAGAAGACCUUGCAGAACUUCUGAAGAAACACUUUCACCUUAUCACCAUGAAGGAAUUUCUUGGAAACAAAGAAGAAAUGAGGAAAAAAAUCCAAUCUGUUUUUGUGUUUGAGUGCAGGCCAACUAUUGACCGCGAGCUUCUAGAAAGCCUGCCUAAUUUAAAGAUAAUUGCAAACUCUGGGGUUGGAGUGGAUCACUUAGACUUGAAAAUGAUCUCGAGCUUUGGUGUAAAAGUGACCAACACCCCACAUGCUGUGGCAGACCCAACAGCAGACAUAGGAAUGGCCUUGAUGCUGGCCUCUGCUAGAAGACUAGUGGAAGGCUGCCACAUUGCUGUGUCUCCAGACACAAAGCAUUUUGCUGUUGACUGGCUGGGAGUGGAAGUAACCAGAGCGACACUUGGGAUCAUUGGGAUGGGCAGCAUUGGAUACAAAGUGGCUCAGAGAGCCAGGGCCUUCAACAUGAGGAUCCUGUACCAUAACAGAAACCGAAGAAGAAAGGAGGAGGAAGAGGCUGUUGGUGCCCACUACUGUGCAAAGAUGGAAGACUUGCUGCAGCAAUCUGACUUUGUUAUGUUGGUUGUGAACCUGACACCUGAGACUCACAAACUGAUUGGGAAAAAGGAGUUGGGGCUGAUGAAACCUACAGCUACUCUUAUAAACAUCAGCCGAGGUGCAGUUAUUGAUCAAGAUGCAUUGGUAGAAGCUCUCCAGAAUAAGGUUAUUAGGGCUGCAGCUCUGGACGUGACAUACCCUGAGCCCCUGCCAAGAGAUCAUCCUUUAUUAAACCUAAAUAACGUGAUCAUAACCCCGCACAUUGGAACCGCAACAGUCCAGGCCAUCCGUAUGAUGGCAGAAGAAGCCAUAGCAAACAUGCUGGCUGUUCUCAAUGGCCAACCCAUUCCAAGUGAAGUGUUUCCCAAAUGAUGAGUGCUAGAUGAUGCUACUAAAUCUCCUGUCUACAGGAAGACACUGUUUCUUACCACAUUUAAGCUGAAUAAAAAAGCAGCCUGUUCCUGCACUGCUCAUCA